GGUGCCUCAUCGACCAUGCUGCGCUGCUGCUGACAGACCUCAGAACGGAUCACGAUUCCACGCCAGGCCAGCCGCUACCAACGCUUGCUGCAACGUCAUAAAGGUGUCCCCCAGAUCAUGGAGCAGCUGCCAGACGACGUGCUGCUGGAGGUGAUGCGGUGCCUGACCGUGAAAGACCUCUUCGCCUGCCGCCUCGUGUGCAAGGCGCUCGGGGCCCUGGCGCUGCACCCUGACGUGUGGCGGUAUCGAAGUUUCAACGCGGACGAGGACGACAACGACAACCAAUUGUGGCAGCCGGUGCUUCGCCUGGCGCCGUGCCUCGGCGCGCUGUAUGCCACUCUCCCGCCGCCUGUUUGGGGGUGUCUGCUCGUGUGCACCAUGACCAGGUGUGCUGUGCAAAAGUUGUCUUUGACUGUGUACGAAGGGGGCUGCAUGCACACAGCCGCUAUGAUUCGCAACCAGGAGGGGCUCGGCCGACUAAGGCUCCUUAAGGUAGCCAUCAAGUUCCAUAGGAAUAUUUCGAAGGAUGAAUCAGAGGACGCUACCGCCCUACUGGGGACGGUGGCAUCGACGUCUUGCCUAGAACAGCUUGAGGUUUAUUUCAAUUUUCAAACUCCUCCUUGUUCAGCGUCCACCAAAGCAAUGCUAGUUCAACACGGCGCCAUGACUACGUCAUCGCUGAGGUCUUUCAUCUGCCCCUGGUUUGCCCGGUCAGAUCAUGGUUUUGCUAAUUUCGUGCUUGGCACGCACGCCGCUACCCUGGAGGACAUUGACCUCGGCCUCGGCACCAAAUCGUCUGCCUACUCGAGCGAGACCGCGCCCCUGCUGGCCGGUACGCCAAACCUUCGGAAGCUGCGGUGCCCUCUGUUACCCGGCCUUGAGGCACUGGUCGCAUGCGAGUCCCUCACGGUCCUGACCGUCAAUGUGUGCGACAUACCUGAGCGACGUGCCCUCGUGGGGGCUGCGUCACUCCUCCGCCGCGCCCACCAGCUGCACCAAGUCAAGUUGUACUACGGCUCAUCACUCUACGAAGACAGCAGCCUCGUUGAUUUAGGCGUGGACCUGAUCCGAGCCUUGGCCUCCUCGGGGCGUUCCCAGUUGGAGUCACUGACAGUCAUUAUGGCGCCGGGGGGCCUUGGCAGCCGUGACAAGUGCUCAACGCUGGUCACACCACUGAUGGCCGCGCUGCCCUCGCUGCCGGCCUUGAGGCACCUGGCGGUCGACCCGGCCCCGAUGGCACUGCUGCUAGAGGUCACGCCCCAAACGACCCCAGCCCUGCAGGGCGUUGAGCUUCAUCCACUUCGUGAAGAGAGACUUCCAUGCGCUCACGCCUGGCUUCACACCGACGCAGUCAGGGAGCUGUUCUCUAACAACUUCUCACUUAAACUAUUUGUUCCAAGUGUACCCAAGUACUGCCGAAAAAAACCUAAAUGUGAAGUGUGUGCUCUAGGCUGUCACCUGCCCGAUUGGAAGGACGUUCAACUAGAAGAGUUCAGUUUUCUUCACGGGGCCAGUUGCAUUACCAUCCCACCUAAUAAAUUCUGUAACUAACCACGCAGCCAGUUGCCAACAUUCACCCUCCGUUACGUUGCAACGUCUACAACAUACAGGAAUCCCAUCAAAGUCAUCGGAUUUCUUGACUGCGCGGACUUAAUUUUUAUCCCAUAAAAUUAAUAAUUGACUAAUUUUUGUCAACAAUCUCAAUGUGCACAUUUUUCUCAGUCGACACUG